AUCGACUUGACGUUACAAACUAGUGGGAGCCGGCAUCGCGUGACCGGUCUCAUUUGCGCUGCCUUGUUUAAAGAGCAAAACACGACACAAUUUAGCAUGGCAAGUUUCCCUACGAUUCAGGUGACAGAAGGCGAAUGGACAUCACCAAAACAGUGGAAAGUUUUGGGCGUGAAAAUUCCACACUUUUUCUCUAAAGAUCCAGCGAGGCUAGCCGACUAUAUUACCAGGUUCGAGACUCGACCAGAGGAUAUUUUCGUGGUGACUUAUCCUAAGUCAGGUUGGUUCCUCUUUUGAUGCCAUCAUUUUGUAAAUCAGUUAUUUUAAGAAAAUUAGGUGCUCCUGUCACGACAACUGUUCAGUACAAUUUGCUGGCCCAUGCACAUUACGUUGUCCUUUAUUUCUUUUAACCUUGCAUCCUGUGAUGAAACGCACUGAAACGUUUCUUUUCUAGAAGAUUUGACCCUGCAUCAGCUUGUUGCCAAGUUCUUUGUAAAGGCAGGCUAAAAAGAAAUGACAGAACGCUCAGAACAGACAAGUUGUGUACACACGCUAAGAUUGUCUUGUGACUGACUGCAUAAUUUCUCUAGUCAGUGUCAAGUCUGCGAAAUUAGUACUUUGCUUUCAUCUUUCAACGUUUUCAGUUAUAUAUAGCGAGCUCAGUCCACACCGAAGCGAUAUAUUGAAAUCAUAAUACUGAUCCUAUGUGAAUCAUAGCGAGAGAGAGUGUUUGUUUUGUCCUUGGAGAGCUUUUACACCACUAAUCGACGGAUAAUUGUAGAAGUUUCUUGCGUGUUCUUGGACAUUUUCUGAUUAAUUAAACUCGGUCUUAAAGAGGCUGUGUCACGGCAGUCCAGUUCAUUUGCCGAUUACUCGCCCUCAAUCGCUAUGGAACUUAAAGUAUGCAAAUAAAUUACAAGAAAAUGACAAAAUCAGAGGUCCGAGACAAACAAAAAUGUCUCCUGAGCAUUGUUUUUGAAGUUGCAAGCAGCAGGGAUCAACUCUGAAAAACUGCUAAUAGGCUGAACAGUUUUCAAAGACCGUAUUCAGUCCGUUUCAAUCUUCUUCACUUUUGCCCAUCCAUGGCAUCUGUUGUUUCGGUUAUGUUAACCUUCCUUUAAAGUUUUAAGCGGUUAUUUUUAUGUCUCUCUUAAUUUAACGGGCAUUUUGUAAUUUCCUAAUUUGGCUGAAUUUGGUGACACAGCUCCUUUAAUGGGGUUAACUGGCAGCCGUCAAAAGGCCUAUAAUUUAACCGUCAGCCGUCAAAAAAGGUUAUAAAGUUUAAUUUUUACCGUCGACCGUCAAAAGUGAAAACUCGUCGUUCGUGGUUUAUACUUUUUAAACAACAACGUUUUCUUUAAUCAGGUAUAUUCUAGUUGCAGAGGCCGUGUUUUUUAAAGUCCUGAGACUGAGAAUUUUGCAGCUGUGAAGGCUACGCUCAUUCUGUUCCGACAACUCCCCGUUCUGUAUUGUGUGUAAGCUACUAUUCCUCUCAUCGAUCACUUGUUACAAUGAUUUUUAAAUUUUCAGGAACAACGUGGGUACAUGAAAAAUUGUCUGGCAAAUCCACAAUAAAGGAGCUAUCAGCAGUGAAAAGCAAGGUUUGCGAGUGCCUUUUCUUGAAGUCACUGCGACCCACGAAAAGCUUGUAG